GGAACCACAAUGCGCAAGAGAUGCGAGAGAUGGAGGAGUGCAAGAAGUACGACUGCGAAGCUACAUGCUUCAUCGAGCAAUGAAGUCUGGGUUUUCUCCAACUUCCGCAUACACACACUUUUCUCGACGACAUCCGUUUCAAGCGACGUCGUAAAGAUAGGGUGACAAGGAGCGUUCCAGAGCUCAGCUCGGGGCAUGCCCCGGCACUCCCUAGCAUAUAAACAUACCGGGUGGAAUUUGUACCCACCAGGUCUUGCUCGGUGUCCCCUGUGCCCAAGCUGUUGGCUGCAUUGCCCUUGCGAUUCGAGUGUGGAGAGAUUUUAGCAAUGGCCUCCGCUGUGGCUUCAACCGUUGUGGCUCCUGUCUCUGUGACUGUGGCGUCAUCAUCUGUGGCCGCCUCUCGCGAGUCUUCCUCCGUCAAGGCUUUUUCUGGACUGAAGUCAGCGACCCUUUUCACUUCAAAAUCCCAGCAAUUGAGCUCCGUCCAGAACGGCAGCCGCGUGCAAUGCAUGCAAGUGUGGAACCCCAUCGGGCAGCCCAAGUUCGAGACCUUCUCGUACCUGCCCCCGCUGAGCGAUGACCAGAUCGCGAGGCAGGUGGAUUACAUGAUCCAGCAGAACUUGAUUCCCUGCAUCGAGUUCGACACGGUCGGAGCCGUGAGCCGCACCAACUUCUCGGGGUCGGGCUCGUCGGGCUACUACGACGGGCGGUACUGGACCAUGUGGAAGUUGCCCAUGUUCGGGUGCACCGACUCUUCGCAGGUGCUGCGGGAGAUCCAGGAGUGCAAGACGUCGUACCCUAGCUGCUGGGUCCGCGUGCUGGGCUUCGACAGCAAGAAGCAGGUGCAGAUCUGCGGGUUCUUGGUCGCCAGGCCCAACUAGGGAACGAAUUUGUCGAGCUCUCUGGUUCUGGGUCGGGUAGCAGUAGCUUUGAUGGUGAGGCACUGACAGUCAGUCGCUCACACGGCAAAGCAGCCUGGAUGUGCUUCGCAACGAAUUCUUGUAUUUGAGUAUGUGAGUUCACUUUGAACAUCCCAGAAGUAAAAGAGUGGAAUGAAUGCUUUUUGAGAUGGUAUUGCAACCAUUGAUACGGACUUUAUGUGGGACAUUUCAAACACGAAGAAUAUGAGAAAUUUUUUACUUA